GAAUGUGGGAAAUUUGAGUAAAAUUUAUAAAAUUGAUUCUCAUUGUUCACCUAUUUUAACAUGUAGGCUGAACUCACAAACAGACUCCUCACUUGACUGUGUUGCUUUACUGAAAACUUCUGUAAGAUAUUUCUAAAUAAGUGAGAUCGCUGCUGUGCUGGUUAAAUUAUUAACUUGAAGUACCCCGUGUCAAUGGAUCACGUUGGAGGAGGUGAUGUUAUACCUAGUAUAAGCAACAGGCAUCAUUCAUGUGAUGAGAUAUGGAUAAGAGAUACCAGGAAGUGUGACACACCAUACCAGUAUUACAUGUAUUUUCCAUAAAUUCAGAGAGACUUUUAAUGAGCAGAGUAAGGAAUUUCAUCUCUGGGUUAUGGAGGAGAUAUCCAGUAUUAAAAAGCAUGCUGAGUUAUGGCACAAUCUACGCUGCUGCUGACAUCAACGAUCAACUGAUCAUCGAUCACAAGAAGAGGGAAUACCAUGGCACUGUUACACUGAGACGAAGCUUAGCUGGAUUUCUUUUCAUCGGUCCCUUGGUUUUCACCUGGUUACGAAUUGCUGAUAGGAUAUUCUUACCAAAUAGAUCUUCUCUGUAUAUCUUAAGGAGAGUUUUUGUGGAACAGUUGGUGUUUGCACCAGUGGCCAUUUCUGCUUUUUAUUCUUCUAACAAUUUACUAGAAGGGAGAAGUUUUGAAGAAAGUUGGAAAGAGCUCAGGGAUAAGUUCUGGACGUCCUUCAAGGCAGGAUGUGUUUAUUUCCCCAUGGUUCAGUUCAUAAACUAUAAGUAUAUAUCAGCCAGCAGAAGGAUACUGUUUCUCAGCAGCGCCACCUUUUUGUGGAGUACGUUUAUGUGCUAUAUGAAAAAUCUUCCCGUCCAGGAGUGACAGUAAGAAAUAUGUAGAUCAUAAUUUAAAGAUGUCGGUUUUCACGCAAGCAGUUCACUGCGUUUAUCUAUAGUGAUAUUGCAAAUCGUCAUGACCAUUGUACAUCUGGAGAGUAAGUAGUAGGGCAGCCUUGAAUUACUUUUUAGAGAGAUUUUAUCAAUGAAUACUGAUUUUUAAUUUUAUGAAUAAUAGAAAUCCUUUGUGAUGCUGUUUUAUGACCCAUUUUCAUACAUCAGUUUUACCCCAUCAGGUGGUGCAAUCUUCUCAUUUUUGGAGAUUUCUGGUCUUUUACUGUGCAUGCAACUUCUGGUCGGAUCUCCUUUUAUGGAGAAAGGAUUUUUUUCGAUAAAUUUGUGAUUUUGAUUCUUUUAACUUUUGAUGAAUGCUAUUGACUUUAGACUUAUUUAAAACAAAUUUAAAGAACUGUUAGAGAAAAGGUUUGUAUAUUUGCAAAAAAUGGUUUAUAUAUUUGCAUUUUUAAGAAAAAAAAAACCAUCUUUUUCCAAAUUAUAUCAUUGCAAUUUCUGGCACCCUUAUGUUAACUAUUUAAUUGAGGCCAAACUUGCAUAUUAAUUAUUUGUUAAAUUCAUGUACGCACAGAUCACCAUAUUUACUCAUUUAUAUUUCUUGACCUUUAAAUUACUGCUACAUUUCUAUGAAUAAGACUUAUUACAUAGAUCAUGGUUCUAUAUAUUUAAACUUCUGAUUGUUUAACUAAGUGAAACAAAGUAAAACUAUAUUUACUUAUCCAUUAAUAUAUUUGUUAUGCAGUUAACUUUAUUACAAUUUAUUGCAAUUAAUGUUAUUAAUGUUAUUGAAUAUGCACAAUUUACAAUAUUUACUAAGAUAUGAUUAUAUCUUAACCUUAAAGUACUGUUACCUUUCUGUUAAUAAAAAAACUUGUUACAUA